AUGGUGAUUGCGAGUAUAUCUGAAGAGUCUGGUUCUGAAUACAGUCCAAGUGAAUCAAGUAACAGCUCAGUCGAACCAAUUGAUGGGGUAUGCCAAAGAGAACCCAGCAAACGAAUUAGGAAGCCACCUGUUUACUAUCAUUGCCAAAAUGUGCAUACCGAACAAUGUAAACUUGUCGCUUAUGGUGAUGCUAUGAUGAGAAGUGACAGCAUCAAAUGGAAGGAGGCGAUCGAUAGAGAGAUGCAAACACCAGAAGAAUUUAAUACUUAG